UUCAGUACGCUGCUGCCUCUCAGCGUACAUAGCAGCAACCACUGGACCGGGCUGUCUGUGAAAUUUACCUGUUUUUUUCACACUACCGCGUGUUUACUUCUGGUACAGUAAGAGUUAUUGUGGAUUUUUCACAAGGACCAAUUAAGGAAGCCCGAGAAGAACCGAGGACGUGUGGGGAAAACAGAGUUUCGUGAAACAGUCCCUUUGGUCUGCCUCUACUCUGCUUGUUAGCCAUUUGCCAAGAGAGUUAUUUUCUGGGGCCCGAGGAAACAUGAGCUUUCUUUUUGGAAACCGUUCAUCCAAGACGUUCAAACCCAAGAAGAAUAUCCCGGAGGGUUCUCAUCAGUACGAGCUGUUGAAACAUGCUGAGGCUACACUGGGAAGUGGAAACCUGCGCAUGGCAGUCAUGUUGCCGGAGGGUGAAGACUUAAAUGAAUGGGUCGCAGUCAACACUGUGGAUUUCUUCAACCAGAUCAACAUGCUGUAUGGCACCAUCACAGAUUUUUGCACAGAGGAAAGCUGUCCAGUCAUGUCUGCUGGUCCUAAAUAUGAGUACCAUUGGGCUGAUGGGACCAACAUCAAGAAGCCCAUCAAAUGCUCCGCUCCCAAGUAUAUUGAUUACCUCAUGACCUGGGUGCAAGACCAGCUCGAUGAUGAGACACUUUUCCCUUCAAAGAUCGGUGUCCCCUUUAAGCGCAACUUUAUGUCCGUGGCGAAGACCAUUCUGAAGCGCCUGUUCAGGGUCUACGCCCACAUCUACCACCAGCACUUUGACUCUGUCAUGCAGCUGCAAGAAGAGGCCCACCUCAACACGUCGUUCAAACACUUCAUCUUUUUUGUUCAGGAGUUCAACCUCAUUGACAGGAAAGAGCUGGUCCCACUACAGGAGCUGAUUGAAAAACUGACAACAAAGGAUAGAUAAACAGCAGUGUAAUCCUUAUUUUAUUGGUCUUCUAGUUUUUGCACAGAUACCCACCCCACCCUGGCUGUACGUAUGCAGUAUAUACUAUAUUUCCAUUUGGGGAAAUGUUUUUAAAAAAGGCCAGGAAGAAGGAAGGGUCUUGAUAGGUUUAAGGCACCAGGACUAAUGCUAUCAGGGAUAAAACACUUAAUUGAACAAACUACAGAUUAACAUAAUAGAGAAAUGGUUUUAGCUGUAUGGAAAAAUCCCCAGUGUUCACUCAUGGCUUACUUUUGGGAUAGUAUAGGCAUAUUAGUUUUCUAUUAGACUGCACAGAUUUUUUUUUUCCACUUGGAUUUAUGGCGACACGAGGCAUUUCCAUGCUCUUAGAUUCCUAUUUCCAACUCACCCACAGGGGAGAAUACAGUGGAAGUAAAGUUGCUGUAUCAUAAUAGGAGGGUUUUAUUGGUGUUAUGGCAAGAAUUUAAGCCUUUUAGCCAAUUCAACAGGAGUUGUUAGUUAUUUUAUUCAUUAAUCUACAUGGAAGGAGCUGGGUUGCAGUUUGCUACUGUUCACAUCUGUAAUAGCCCUCACAUCUGUAUCUUUCAAUACAAAAGAAUCCUAAGUGCCUAGCAUGGCUCAUAAUUGCCCUAUAUAAACAGUGAGAACUGUAAGAAGAUAAAGGCCAUAUACCACUGACACGUUGGACACAGCAUUAAAUUUUCCUCUCCACCUUCCUUUUAAUUUUCUGUUUCUCCAGUCCCUCUUACAUCCCUUUUCUAUUUGUACCAUAACUUGGUUCAAAAAUAAUUUUCUCUGCAAAACCAUCUCCUCAUCAAACGUAUCCUUAUGUAGUUACAAAGUCCCUUCGCCAACUGUUCUGUGCAGGUAAUGAUAAAUGAAUGUUUUGAAGGACAUAUAAGUGAGGCUAGAAUAUUGUCAUGUUGUAGCAGGGACUGAAAUUUAAUUUAACUUUUAGCAUUUUCUAGUAACAUGUUCCUGUGUGCUAGUUUUUCCCCAAAAAACUUAUAAGUAGAAACACAGUUUAGGAAAGGUCUGCAAGGGAUCUAAAACCUUAAAGUGUAUUUUAAGGUAAUUGAAUAGUUGUAGAUAAGUGUGUGACAACCUCAACUGUUUAAAAAUAACAGCAUUUUGAAUCAGAUUUUGAGACAUCCCUUGUUAUCUCGCUAGCCAUAAAGCACUUUGAACAAUUUUCCUGACCUCUCUUGCCUGAAUGUUUAUUCUGCAUAGACCGUGCUUUGUGAGAAGCUGUAUCAUGUGACUGAUCAUAGUUUGGUUCCUCUCUUAUUUCCCCAAAUGAAUGUUGAAUUGCUUAACCUCCUCUGAAAUCAGCUAUAAGGCACAAGUGAGAUUUCUUUUGUUUGGUUUGAGUUGUUUGUUGCUGUGCUUCAAACAGCAGAUGCAUGUACCCUUCCCCCGAAUCUCAAAGUGUAGUUUACUAUGCAAUAAUUGACAACACUAAAAGGGUUACCAGUUGGCUCAUUCAUACUUUAUAUCCAAUGUUCAUUUUCUUUUAUUGUGCUUAACUUCUGGUGUAGGUUAAAAAAUAGAUUUGCUUCUCAUUCAGGUUUGGUUUCAGAAAAAGGUGACAUGAACAUUUUAUAUCUGAAAUUUGUCAAAGAGGUGUAAUACUUCAUUGCACACAUGUAAAUACUGAGGGUUAGACCUGUCUUAAGAAUAAUUUUCAGAGAGCAUGGAGUGGUAGCUUUGGGUUAAAAGAAUGCAUUGAGUCUUUUUAGAGGCUGCUUCCCCUUCCCCUAUUUGGAUAUUAAAUUUUGUUUGUUUUAAUUGUUGAGUAUCUGUUUCCACUUCCUUAGCUAACUAUUAUGAAUGUUACUGCUCAUCAGAUACCUGAAAAUGUAAUAGAAAAUCAGUCAUCCUGAUGCAUCUCAUCCUUAUGAAAUGCCCGUAACAUAGCCUAUUGCCUACAGUUUUUCCUCCUUGACUGUAAUAAUUGAUGAAAUGUUUGUAAAUAUUGGCUUGGUAGGGGUUUUCGAUGCUACUGAAUUGAUUUAUGCUGUUUACAAGGCGAAUAAAGGUGGUCUUGACUCUUU